AAUAUGUAAACUAGAGAGAGAGAGAGAGAGGAGCGAGCUGUCCAUCGUUCCUUAACUUAGGCUUCUGGGCUUUAGCCAUCUUCCGAAACUCUCUUCUGUCACCAUGGACAUAUAUCUCCCUCUCUCUCCCAAUCACCACCCCCACCACCACCACCAAGAGGAAGGCUUUGGAGGUGGUGGAGAAGGAGGCGGGAAGGUGGGUCUUAGUACUCCUUUGCCUCUUCUGCCUAUAUGCUCUGACGGUUCUCUCUGCCUCUUGGAGCCACUUUCUAAGCCUCCUCCUCAUGCUGCACCAGAUUGGAGUUAUGGGUCUUCCAUAGCCGCCACAUUCACCAACAAGAGUGGUAACGAGGACAGAGGACCAAAGCUAGAAGACUUCUUGGGUGGGUACUCUGAGAACACCAAUGAAGAGAAUCAGAGCCAUCGAUCAAUCUCCUCCUUCCAUAACUUUUACUAUCAUAAUCCAACUAGUCCUAGGAUCAAUAUUAACAUGCCUCCCUCAUUUAGCAAAGAGAGAGAAGAAGAGAUACAAAACUCAUAUAAACUUUUUCAGUCCUUCCACCGGUCUCAGCAAUCCUUUGAGGAAGCCCAAAACCUCAAGCCUCAAUUUCUCAUGCCAAACCGCAAUCCUGUUACUAACUCAAUGUACAAUGUGGGAUUAGAUGGUGCAACAUCCAUAUCAGGAUUCAAGUCACGGCUGAGGCAAAAUUUGUCUGCACCAAUGGAGAAGCAAAUGGCUGAGACCACUGAAUGCAACUCCCAAUCUCUAGCUCUUUCAAUGAGUCCAAGUGUGCCUUUUGGAGCUAAUGAAAUUAUUCCAGCUGUUUCAUCACACUUUUAUGACAAUGGUCGAAACUCUCCGGUGGUCAAGCCAAUGAACCAAGAGCCAAUUCCACGUAAAUCCCAUGAAACUUUUGGCCAAAGAACCUCUCAGUACAGAGGAGUCACCAG